AUGCUCUGGUGGCUCUGGCGUAUGCGGUAUGAGAUGGAAUUGGUUGGGAUUGCCCUCAAGGGUACAGUUCUGGUGCCAAAGUUUAUGGUUAGGAAUCUUCUCGUCUCGAUUCUACUCAUAAUCCAAACACAACUCCUUUCAGUCGGCAGCCGUCCAACCGGCCAUCCAUACAGCUAUGAGCAGGUGAUACCAGAGGCUCAACUUCUGGCGAACGAUCCACACAUCAAUUGCAUACUACACCGAACCGAUAAGACGGGUCGUCAAAUAGUCAUCUCAAACAGCUUUUCAAUUGUGAUGGGACUCAGUGUACGGACUCUAUGGGCUCUACCAUUAGAUGGAAAAGGAUAUCCUGGAGUGAUGUUCUGUCAAACCGGAAAAUAG